AUGAGUUCACACUCUUCUCUUGGCGUCGCCGUUGUGACGGGUGGCGUGUCGCUCGCUGGAGCGUUAGUGUGGGGGGCGCGGUGGGGCAAAUUACGCUCCCGCCGUGCUGACCUUGACAGGCAGUACGCCGAUUCUCUUGCGGAAACGAGUGCACUUGAUGAAGCCCGUUUAGCUGGAGCUGAGCUGCUGCGACAGAAGCGGAAGGAAUCAGUGCUUCUUCACGAGGCAAUGGAUUCAAUUUGGAAGGAUCGGUUCGAGCGGUACAAACAAACUAAUAAAGAAACACAUUCAUACUUGAGAGCCCUACCAGAAGCUCUGGGAGUUCUCAAGGGGGUUACAAAUCACUACCAAUAUAUGGCUAGGGAAAUGCGGAAGUUUAUUGGUUUCGAUGUGGCUUGUAGUAAGGUUCACAAUUUUGCGCUUCUGCUUAACCACGGUGAGAAGGUAGGAAUACAGAGAGUGUCCGAGACAAUUCGGCAGCUGCUUGUCGCUGAGCCUCUUGUUCGCGUCGUGUGCGACAGUCUGUUGGAUGAAGCUACAAACUUCAGCUGCCCUACCUCAAUUAGUGAGUCUAGUGAUAGUUUUGUCUUCUGUAUGGAAGGACUUGAUCGUGCAGUGGAUGCCGCUGCUGCGCGUUAUAUCGAAUUGCAGAAACCUAGCAUGGGGGAAAGCCCACCAAAUGUGUUUUGCCGUGUGUUGCGGAAGAUUACCACCGCAUUAGAGGCUAAUAUGUUAAGCAGAUGCGAUAUCAUUAUGAAGGAGGAGCGUCAGGCACUUCGCAACCACCUCCUUCGCGACCGCCGACAGCUGCACACAAUGCAUGAUUUGGUUGGAGCAAUGCGCUACGUGGAGGAACUCUCUCGCCACUUUCAGGACAGCGCCAAGAAUCCCGCAAGCGUCAACAUGUCUGUUUUAUCUGAUCCUGAGGUGCUUUUGGCGCGGGAACAGCUUUUGUUGUGGCGGCGUGCAGCAGCUAUUUUUUUGGUACGCCAACAAGCGAAGGAAGCAUUAAAUUCUUAUCACCUUUUGUUGGCCGAAACGUUAACAAAAACGAGGCAUCCGUCAUAG